AUGUCAAGCAAAAGAGCCAAGGGGAAGAACACCAAAAAGCGUCCUCAGCGUGCCACCUCCAAUGUGUUUGCCAUGUUUGAUCAGUCUCAAAUCCAGGAGUUCAAAGAGGCUUUCAACAUGAUCGACCAAAACAGGGAUGGCUUCAUUGACAAAGAGGACCUUCAUGACAUGCUGGCCUCAUUAGGUAAGAACCCGACAGAUGAGUACCUGGAGGCCAUGAUGAAUGAAGCACCAGGCCCAAUCAACUUCACCAUGUUCCUGACAAUGUUUGGAGAGAAGCUGAACGGCACCGAUCCUGAGGAUGUGAUCCGCAAUGCUUUCGCCUGCUUCGACGAGGAGGGCACAGGUGUUAUCCAAGAGGAGUACCUGCGGGAGCUGCUCACCACAAUGGGCGACAGGUUUACAGACGAAGAGGUGGACGAGCUUUUCCGCGAGGCACCCAUUGAUAAAAAAGGCAACUUCAACUAUGUAGCAUUCACACGUAUUCUGAAACAUGGUGCAAAGGACAAAGAUGACUAGUGACAGAAGCAACGCUGUAUUUGGUUCAUUCUUUACUCCAUGUGUAUCUUUAAUGGGUUUCCAUUCAAGUUAGGAAAGCUUCACUGUGGUAUACUUUACUGAAGCCCCUUUGUUUAAGCUGCUUGUUGACCCUCAGGGUCCCUCCAACCAACCCUACUUUAAAGCUUGUUUGCACAUCUGUGAUAAUAUCACUAAGCGGUCUGUAUAAGCUAUUGGAGAUAUAUGAAAAAAACCCAUAGAUAAAGCUGGAAAUAAACUGAUGCCAGAUGUCUGUUAUUGUGACUGAAUCAGCUGUAUUUUAUAGAAUAAGUUUGGCGAUUAAAAUGUGUUCUGAGAUGAA